ACCAACCCGGGGAGCGGACACUUUCACAGGCUUCACAAUCUUUUGCUUCGGUGCUGCUUUUGUGGGGGCCUUAGUAGUGGCCAUUGCUGUCUUUUUAGAAGCCUGCUUUGCCUUUUUUGCUUCCUUGGCAGCCCUGAUGGCCUGCUCUCGUUGGGCCUUUCUAACCUCAGGUUUCUGAUUCCUCUUGGCCAUUAUAUCAGCAAGAGAUGCACCAGUGAUGGCUCUCUGGAAUUUGACUGCACGGCGGGUUCUUUUCUUUUGGAUUUCUUCUGACUGCCCCUUCUUGUGCUUCCUCCUGUAGAGCACCGUCCAGUUGAUCUGCCGAGGGUUCCUCUUGGAGAGGAAUGCCGACUCGCAUUUUGCGUUAAGGAACUGGAAAACCUUGCCAUCGGUCCUGGCGUAGCGCCGCCCGUGCCAGGGGUAAAUCUUGUACCCGCUGAAGCUGCACAGCUCGACCUUCAUGGCUGCGGCAGCACAGGGCCGGGGAAGACGGUGAAGAGGAGACACACACACUCUUAUAUCUUGUCUUUUCAUAGAUUAAAGAGGCCAUUCAUCAUCAUCAAUCAUGGACGUACCCUCAAAGGGUCUUCUCACCCAGGUUACUCAAUUCUGGAACCUCCUGGAUGACCUGGCUGAAAGUGACCCCGAGCGCUAUGAGAAGUUCAUUCAACAGCAGCUGAGAGAGGGGAAACAGCUCUGCGCUGCCCCAGAACCACACCUCUGUCUGCAGACCAGGAUCUUGAAACCAAAAGGAAAAACACUUUUCAUUAAUCUAUGCCAGUGGAAAAGGGUCCCGGCUCCCCAGUCAGCUACACAGCCAGUGCCUCUAAGUGUCGGCCGGCCAGAAGAUAUUUCUGAAACAUCAGCUGUCUACACAGUCAUCGAUGUUGCCUGCCAUCCUGAUAUUCUGCAGGCAGCAGGAAAGGACCGGGUGGAAAAGGAUCGGUUGGUAAGGAUGGCCAUGAAAUGCAUUGAGGAGAGGCUCCAAUGGACUCUCUCACCUUCCUACCAUAUUACAAAAUUUCAAAUAAAAGGAAGCAUUCAGAGGAUGAAGCAAAAUCUGAUGGGAAUCCAAAAUGAUUCUACAGAUUUGAGAGAGAAAAUGAGAAAGGAACUAACCCUUGAACAGAUUAGAAAUAGUUCUGUGAGCAAUCCGGAUGACUUUCCUCAGCUUAUACUGCCAAAGGACCACGUUUCAGGCAAAGCAGCCAGUCUGAUUGAGGAGAUUGGCAGCACCGAGGUGGAGGUGAAGACCCCGAUCUAUGAAUUAAAAAUUGUGAAGGACCAGGAUGAGAAACCUCUGAAAAUUGAACUGAUUGUUGAAUUGCCUGGUAUUGAUUCAGUCUCUCUCUGUGACCUUAGUGUUUCUGAGGAAGAUUUAAUGAUCGAGGUUUCUGAGAAGUACAGAUUACACCUGAAUCUCCCAGAACCUGUCGAUGCUGAAAAGACCACAGCAAAAUUUUUCAAAGAAAAAGCGACUUUAGUCAUCACAAUGCCACUGGUGUGAGACAGGAGUCUCAUGUACUCCAGGGUUCCUUGCAGUGCUUAUGCACAGUGUAGUACUUGUAUUAAAGGUGAAGAGGUGGGGUGGAUCUUAAAUAUUUCCUGAGAAUCUCCUUUGAAAUGAAGCUUUCUAUUUUUCAAGUAAAUUUGGUAUCAACA